GUAAAAUGUCGACAAGUAACCACGUGACCUCGUUGCCACCGGUAACACCAGCGUCGGCCAAUGAACCACCGUUGAGUCAGCCAUCGUCGAAGCCAUCAACCAGCAAGCUGUUCCACACCACAGUUCUUAAAAAGGCAGGUGCUGAAUUCGUAGGGACGUUCAUCUUGGUAUUCACAGCAGCAGCAGGUCCAAUAGUAGACCAAAAAUUCAGCGGCAUCGAAACUUUAAUCGGAAACGCAGCAUGUUCCGGGCUAGCAGUUCUAAUACUAGUCUUAUCAAUCGGUCACAUUUCGAAAGCCCAUAUGAACCCGGCUGUAACGCUAGCAUACGCAGCCCUCGGGCAUUUUCCAUGGGCUCAAGUACCCAUUUUCAUCUUAGCCGAAAUUCUCGGGUCCCUCUCGGCUUCCUUCUUGCUCAAGGCCGCUUACCACCCUUUCAUGUCCGGUGGUGUUACCGUGCCUUCUGUUAGCUCCGGACAGGCGUUUCUGCUCGAGUUUGUUGCCACUUUCAUCCUCAUGUUUGUCAUCGUCGCAGUUGCUACUGACCAUACUGCUGUGGGCGACUUAGCAGGAGUCGCAAUUGGUGGCGCCGUCAUGCUUGACAUUCUCAUCAUUGGGCCAAUGACGGGUGCAUCAAUGAACCCAGCACGGACACUAGGACCAGCCAUAGCAACAGGAAGGUAUCGUGGAAUAUGGAUAUACAUGGUGGCUCCGCCAUUGGGUGCUAUUCUUGGUGCUGCUGUUUAUGCACUCAUCAAGCUUCCCAAAGAUGAGUGAUUAACUUAUUUAAGACGCUUCACAACCUUAAUUACAGUCUAACACAUAUUUAACAAUUCUAAGCUAACCAAGGCAAAGCCUACUAAAGGGGGAUUGCCGGAUUGGUCACUUAUAUUUCCUCAGUCUCGUUUUACUUGCUCUAUUUGACCCAAAAAGCUCUCACAAAAAAUGGUCAAAUGGGGCAAGUAAAACGAGACUGAGGGAGUAAUUGUUUAUUUAUUUAUUUGGGGGGUGGAUGUGUUUGCUCAUUCUUCAUUGAUAGAGAAUAUGUAAAUAUUCUCUUGUAUAUUCUGUAAAGAUUAAUUCCAACAUUCUACAUUCAUGUGA